GGGCCAUGGUGGCGCUGUCCCCGGGCCAUGGUGGCGGUCCCGGUGGCCCCGGCGCUGUCCCGGUUCGCGGCCCCGGCCGCGCUCUCCGUGGCCGCGCUCCUCCUCCUCGUCCUGCUGUCCUUCCUCCCGCCCGGGCCGGGCCGGCGGCGCUCCGCAGGCAGGAAAAUGCCCCCGAGCCCCGCGGGAGCGCAGCACGCCGAGAGCCUGGGGGCCGGCAAAGCCAUCGCCGUGCUCACCUCCGGCGGGGACGCGCAGGGGAUGAACGCGGCCGUGCGCGCCGUGGUGCGCGUGGGGAUCUACACCGGGGCCAAGGUGUUCUUCGUCUGUGAGGGCUACCAGGGGCUGGUGGAUGGCGGUGAGCACAUCAGGGAGGCCACGUGGGAAAGCGUGUCCAUGAUGUUGCAGCUGGGCGGCACGGUGAUCGGCAGCGCGCGCUGCCAGGACUUCCGCACGCGCGAGGGCCGGCUCCGCGCCGCGCGCAACCUGGUCAAGCGCGGCAUCACCAACCUGUGCGUGAUCGGCGGCGACGGCAGCCUCACCGGCGCCGACACCUUCCGCGCCGAGUGGGGCGGGCUCCUGGCAGAGCUGCUCAAAACCGGUGGCAUCACGGCAGAGGAGGCGCAGCGCUCGAGCCACCUGAACAUCGUGGGCAUGGUGGGCUCCAUCGACAACGACUUCUGCGGCACCGACAUGACCAUCGGCACCGACUCGGCGCUGCACCGCAUCAUGGAGAUCGUGGACGCCAUCACCACCACGGCGCAGAGCCACCAGAGGACUUUUGUGCUGGAGGUGAUGGGGCGGCACUGCGGGUACCUGGCACUGAUCACAGCCCUGGCCUGUGGCGCUGACUGGGUUUUCAUCCCCGAGUCACCUCCUGAGGACGACUGGGAGGAACACCUGUGCAGGAGGCUGGCCGAGACCCGUGACGGUGGCUCCAGGCUCAACAUCAUCAUCGUGGCCGAGGGCGCCAUCGACAAGCACGGCAAGGCCAUCACCUCGGACGAGAUCAAAGCCCUGGUGGUGAAGCGUCUGGGCUACGACACCAGGGUGACCAUCCUGGGCCACGUCCAGCGUGGAGGGACCCCCUCGGCCUUCGACCGCAUCCUGGCCAGCAGGAUGGGCGUGGAGGCCGUGAUGGCGCUGCUGGAGGGGACACCGGACACCCCGGCCUGCGUGGUCAGUCUGUCCGGCAACCAGGCCGUGCGUCUGCCCCUCAUGGAGUGCGUCCAGGUGACCAAGGACGUCACCACGGCCAUGAACGAGGGACGCUUCGAGGACGCCGUGAAGCUGCGGGGCCGGAGCUUCCAGAACAACUGGAACGUCUACAAGCUGCUGGCUCACAUCCGCCCGCCCGCCACCAAGGUAGGGGAGGGCACGGGCAGGGAGGGGCCCACGGGGUCACCCCAGUGCCACCCCAACGCCUGUCCCUGUCCCCAGAGCGGCUACACGGUGGCCGUGAUGAACGUGGGCGCUCCGGCGGCGGGGAUGAACGCGGCCGUGCGGGCAACCGUCAGGAUCGGCCUCAUCCACGGGCACCGCAUGCUGGCCGUGCACGACGGCUUCGAGGGGCUGGCCUUCGGCAUGAUAGAGGAGAUCGGCUGGAACGCCGUGGGCAGCUGGACGGGGCUGGGAGGAUCCAAGCUGGGCACCAAGAGGACUCUGCCCAAGAAAUAUUUUGAGGAGAUCAGCGCCAACAUCAGCAAAUUUGGGAUUCACGGUCUCAUCAUCAUCGGUGGCUUCGAGGGGUUCACGGGUGGCCUGGAGCUGGUGGAGGGCCGGGCACGCUUCGAGGAGCUCUGCAUCCCCCUGUGCAUCGUGCCCGCCACCGUCUCCAACAACGUCCCCGGCUCCGACUUCAGCAUCGGCGCCGACACCGCCCUCAACACCAUCACCAACACCUGUGACCUGAUCAAGCAGUCGGCCGCGGGCACCAAGCGCCGCGUGUUCAUCAUCGAGACCAUGGGUGGCUUCUGUGGCUACCUGGCCACCAUGGCCGGGCUGGCGGCCGGCGCCGACGCCGCCUACAUCUUCGAGGAGCCCUUCAGCAGCCGGGACCUGCAGGCCAACGUGGACCACCUGACGGAGAAGAUGAAGACCACGGUGAAGAGGGGGCUCGUGCUCAGGAACGAGCGCUGCAACGAGAACUACAGCACGGACUUCAUCUACAACCUCUACUCCGAGGAGGGCAAGGGCGUCUUCGACUGCCGCAAAAACGUCCUGGGCCACAUGCAGCAGGGAGGCUGCCCCACCCCCUUUGACCGGAACUUCGGCACCAAGAUGGGCGCCAAGGCCGUGGCCUGGAUCACCGGCAAGAUCAAGGAGUGCUCCCGGCACGGCCGGAUCUUUGCCAACACGGCGGACUCGGCGUGCCUGCUGGGGAUGCGCAAGCGCAGCCUGGUGUUCCAGCCCAUCGCCGAGCUGCGCCAGCAGACCGACUUCGAGCACCGCAUCCCCAAGGAGCAGUGGUGGCUGAAGCUGAGGCCCAUCCUCAAAAUCCUGGCCAAGUACAACAUCGAGCUGGACACGUCCGAGACGGCGCACCUGGAGCACCUGACCCGCAAGGUGCUGGUCCCCGAGGCCACCCUGUGAUGGGGACAGCCCGAGGAAGCCCCAAAUUCCCCUUUUCCCACAGAUUUUUGGGGAUCUGAUGGGAUUUUGAGAAGCGGUCCCUGAGAGAUGUUGUGAUAAAUUGAGGAUGGGUGGUGGUGGUUGGGGUUUUUAGGGUUAAAAGUUACAAAAUGGAGAGGUUUCAAUAAAUUCGGGGCUUGUCCAAGUGC